AUGGCUGACACGAACACUUCCUACGAGUUCCGGCUCUUCAUCAACAAUGAGUUCGUCGAUGCAACAUCAGGUCGAACCAUCAGCGUCCGCAAUCCAUCCAAUGGCAAUGUGGUAGGAAACGUCCAAGUUGCGGGGUCGGCCGACGUCGACGCGGCUGUUGAGGCGGCGGAAGCUGCGUUCAAGGGACCCUGGUCGAAAUUCACAGGUCCUCAGCGAAGGGACUGCCUCAUCAAGUUCGCUGAGCUCAUUGAAAUGCGUAUCCCGGAAUUCGCAAAGGCGGAAACUUUGUCUAUGGGUGCAACCAUCAUGCUCACGCAACAUGUCUUCGGGCCCUGGACCGUUGCCACCCUCAAAUCGUCGGCGAGUUUCGCCGACAAGAUCGAAGGCCAAAGUUUCACGGACCAAGACGACGGCACGUACAAGAUUGUCGAAUGGGGACCAGCAGGUGUUUGCGCCGCCGUGAGCACUUGGAACGCCGGUCUCGUAUACUUUGCGUUUUACGUGGGAGCAGCGAUUGCUUCCGGCAACACUUUGGUAUACAAAGCCUCCGAGAAGUCGCCAUUUGAUGCUCUCAUUAUCGCGGACCUCAUUUCCGAGGCAGGCUUCCCACCAGGCGUGAUCAAUAUCAUCUCAGGCGACGGGGAAACCGGCGCCCAACUAGCAGCACACAUGAAGAUUCGUGUCCUCGGAUUUACUGGAUCAGCUCCAACCGGCAAGAAAGUCGCGGAGCUCGCCGCGAAGAGCAACAUGAAGAAGACCAUCCUUGAGCUAGGCGGGAAAGCUCCUGGCGUCGUGUUCGACGAUUGCAACCUCGAUAACGUGGUGCAAGUCUGUGCCAGCCACUUCCUUGCAAUCAACGGCCAAGCGUGUACCGCAAGCACCAGGCUGCUAGUCCAAUCGUCGAUUGCAGCGACUUUCACGCAAAGGAUGAAGGAGGCCUUUGAGAAAGUGGAAGCUGAUCUCCCUCGAGACCCGAUUGACCCUACAUCAGGCAUCGGUGCGCUCGCGGACGAGAAGCAGCUUGAGCAUGUGCUUGCCGGUAUCGAGGCUGGUAAAAAGGACGCCACGGUGCUCACCGGCGGCUCUAGAAAAGGGACCUCGGGGUGCUAUGUGCAGCCGACAAUCUUCGUUGAUGUCAAAGAAGGCUCCCAGCUCUGGAGGGAGGAGGUCUACGGCCCGGUGGUAUUGAUCAAGACGUUCGAGACGGAGGAGGAGGCGAUCGAAUUGGCAAACGACACCGAGUACGGCCUUGCGGCGCAAAUCUUCACUCGCGACAUUGCAAGAGCCAUUCGCAUCGCACGCAAGAUGGAAGCAGGCGUGGUGACUAUCAACGCAGGCGGGAUCGGGGAUCUUCAAUCGGCAUUCGGAGGAACGAAAGGCAGUGGCCACGGGCGCACGGGAGGCUGGUACGGAGUUCGAGAAUUCAUGGAGCCGAAAACGAUCAAGAUUAACAUGAAAUACGACGGCUGA